AUGAAAUUCGCGUUAGUUUUGCUGUUAAGUCUAGUGGUACUCUCUAAUCAACAGUUUUAUCAGCAUCCAACAAAUGAGAGAUUGCUUUGGCUGUUGAGUUAUUAUUCACCACAGCUCGGUGUUAGUAACUACGAUUACCAACCUGUCAAUUAUCACAAUGGCGACGAUGGCAGGACAGCGACAUCCAGUAAUCGUUUAACACCUUCAUCAGGUAGCCAAACUUACUCGCAGGAUAGAGAACCGCAUUUUCGUACCAUCCCGAAUCGAAAGAGUGUUCACAAAAAUCAAUUUCCGGAAGUACAUUUCAGAAACAAAGGUGACAACAGCCGUUAUCGGCUCCCGUUUUUGCAACAGUUCAAACCCCACUUCAAUCCACGAUUCGUCAUCAACUUGGCCAAUCGAACCAAACUACUGAACAAAGUGACGACGAUUACCUUUACAUUCACCUCGUCGGUGACGUUCACCAGCGUGCAAUCGUGCAUUCCGAGUAGCGAUUUUUUCCCCGGUUUGGAUGCUGUAACUUGUCGUAAACGCCGAAAUCUUGUUCGCGAAUCCUUAGAUCAUCAAUUAGGAACAUCCCAAUUCACAUUCACUCCAUCAGUAAUACAACCAAUGGAGCAAACUGUUCUGUUUUCGUUAGAUCCAAAUGCAGCAAAUCGACAAUCAGGAAAUGAUCCUACAGUGAAUCCCAGCGUUGUUUCUUCAAUAGAUGAUGGUACUUUGGAUGAAUCGCCGAGCGUGACGUUAAGGCCGCUGGGGUACUCUAGAGAUAAAAGAUUUUUCUUCCAUCUUGUGACGACUAAGACGGUCAUCAGCUACACGUCCCUUUCGACGACACUCACGAAAACAGUGAAUUUGCUGGACCCAAUUUUCGGAGCAGGGCAACUAAUAUGUCUUCCACAGAGUUACACUGUCUGCUCGAAUAACACGACAUCCUUACCGCGUUAA